CAAUAUUUUUCACUUUUUUUUUGUAUGUAGUGUGAAUCUCAUCUCAGAUCCCUAAACCUAAAAAUUCUUUCAUUUGAAAAAAAAAUUGAGAAACUCUUUCGAUUUAUUAAAAAUAAAUAAAUAAUGGGUUUUGUUGCUAUUUAGGAAAUUUGAAUCGUAGAAAAAAUUAGAAAUUUUGGAUCAGCAGCAGCCAACAAGGAAGGAAGGAAGGAAGAGAGUGGUGGUCGAGGGUUGGGUUUGAUUUUUAUUAUAGUAAUUAUAAGAAUGGCAGGAAGAGAAGUAAGGGAAUACACUAAUCUCACUGACCCUAAAGAUAAGAAAUCGUUGGGGAAAGGAGGGAGAGACAAAGUAAUUGAUGAUGAAGACAUCACUUUUCAUCGCAUGGUUGCUAAGAUGCAAGAGGUUGCUGGAGAACGUGGUGGCUACCUUCAUGGCCGAGGCGCACUGGAUAGCGAUGAUUUACUUUAUCUCAAAGAGCAAAUGGAGGCUGAAGAGGAUGCAGAACGCCUAUUACGCCGCACUGAGAAAAGGGCAUUUGCUGCUUUUAAAAAAGCUGCAAGUCUGGCAGAUUCUUCACCCACAUCAGUUCCCUUGUCAUUUCGUGUUGAACCCAAGCCAAAGAGUGGAAUUAGGCAGCAAGACUUGCUGAAAAAGGUGGUUGAAGUCAAACCAAAACGACCUAAAGUUUCAUCUGAUGGGAACUAUUCCACCCCAAUUUCAAGUGAUCGUGAUUCAGACAAUAAAAUCAAGGUUAACCAGGAAAAGAAAGAGCACAUUUUACCAGCACCAAGCAAACCAGAAGAUGAGACAAAUGUUAAAAAUGAGGCUGAGGAAAAUCCUGUUAAAAGUUUGCUAGGUUUAGCAUAUGCAAGUUCUGAUGAAGAAGAAGACUAGAAUCAAUAAUAAUGUGCUGAUGCGUUGGUACAGUGCAUUGAAUGUUCUUUUAUUGAUAGUUGUAAUGUUUUCACAAGUACAAAAUUAGGCUCUUUAUCUGACCACUAGUAUCUCGCUGUGAAUUCUAUGUUUUCCAAAGCUAUACUAUACAAUUUUUGUUUUA